CUGACCUAUCCUGAGGCAUGUACUAGAACUACAUGUAUUCUACACGUGUUGGUCCGAGUCCGCUAUGGUAGCCAUGGCCAACGUGGAUUCUCACGUCGCCCUGUUACGCAAGCAGAUCGCUGCCACGGAGAGUCAACUGGCGUCGCUGAAGCAGCAGCUGGCGCUGGCGGAGAAGCGUGUCGAGACCACUCGCUUGCUGAAUGCCUCGUAUCAAGGCGGCUUCCCUGCCGAGUGGAUUGGCGAGAUCUCGUCAGUGCUGACGGACCAGCUGCUGGCCUCGGACCUGUAUCCUGCCUCGGUGGCGUCUGGUGGGAGCGGUGGCAGCGGAGAUGGUGGCCUCGAUGGCAUUGCAACCGCCAUCCGACAAGAGACGGGAAUUGAAGGACGCGAAUUCGUCGCGCCCGAGGCAGUCAGCAGUGGUCGCUGGCCACUGCUGUGUGAAGAGUACAAGCGAUAUGGACGGCAGAUGAUCAUGCCCGAGGUCGGUCUGCACGGCCAGCUGCGACUGAAGAAUGCUCGAGUGCUGGUCGUGGGCGUAGGCGGACUGGGCUGUCCCGCUGCAGCAUACCUCGCAGCGGCGGGCGUAGGCACCCUCGGACUCAUGGAUGGCGACGUGGUGGAGGUGUCCAAUCUGCAUCGUCAGAUCGCACAUAACGCCUCCAGAGUGGGCAUGAGCAAAGUGGACAGCGCAUACGAUUACUUGUCCGAGCUGAAUCCUCUCGUCAACUACCAGCGUCACCACUUCCAUCUCACCCCAGAGAAGGCCAUUCCCAUCUUCUCCCGCUAUCAUCUCAUACUCGACUGUACAGAUCACCCGACUUCGCGCUACCUCAUCUCAGAUGCCUGUGUUCUGACCGGUAAACCUCUCGUUUCUGCCUCUGCCCUGAAGACCGAAGGGCAGCUGAUAGUCCUCAACAAUCCGCCCCGUCCACCGGGAGAUCUCGCAGGCGGGCCCUGCUACCGCUGCGUCUUCCCCAAACCACCGCCAGCAGACUCGCUUCUCUCCUGUAGCGAGGGCGGCAUCCUCGGUCCCGUCGUGGGCCUCAUGGGCGUCCUCCAAGCCCUCGAAGCCAUCAAGCUCAUCACAUCCAAACCAAGCACCCACGAAUCCUCCAACGGAUCUGUCGACCUUGCAGCUCUCAUGUCGCUGCCUCCCUCACCUUCCCUUCAACCUCAAGAGCCACCUCCCCGGCCAACUCUCACCAUCUUUUCCGCCUUCUCCACCCCACAAUUCCGCAGCGUGCGGAUGCGAACGCGUCGUCUGGACUGUGCUUGCUGCUCUUCUCAAGCUACCAUCACUCGGGACAAUCUCAACUCGGGCUCCCUCGACUAUCAGGCUUUUUGCGGUCUCACACACCCUCUGCAAGUCCUGCCACCCUCUUCUCGAAUCAGCGCUCAAGAUUUUGCCCGGCUCCCACGUGACGGCUCCAACACUCUCAUUGACGUGAGAGACGAAACACAGUACCAGAUGUGCGCAUUGAGGGGUAGUCUGAAUGUGCCUUGGAAGGGCAAUGCGGAGGCCUGGAUACAGAGAGCUCUCGAGGUUGGUGCGUUGCACGGCAGUAGUGAUUAUUAUGUUGUCUGCAGAGAGGGGAACGAUAGUCAACUUGUGGCCAAGGCGAUUCACGAUCUUUUGCAGGGUGAGGGAGGAGACUUGGGCGUCAGCAUCAAGGAUAUCAAAGGUGGAUUUCGGGCGUGGCGGGAACAAGUGGAUCGGGAGUGGCCAGACUAUUGAAGAUGAAGAUGUUGUGAAAGAUGAGAUCAAGUUAAUAUGUACUGUAUGUACUGUACCUGACUGUUC